AUGCAAGGUGGCAUUCGAAGAAAGCAGGACCUAUUGCCUCGUUACAAGAAUGGCGUUAGCGGGGCCCGCCGUGCAGGAGGUUUUCUCACGACUCCUGUUAAGAAGUUGUUGGUCUAUAUUACACUUCUAUUGAUGGUCUAUGCAAUUGUACGCAUGUCAGGUAUUGUGGACAAGAAUGAGCCAACUCAGUUUGAGCUCAAGGAGACGUUUGAACCCACUCCAAAAUUUGAUAAGUUGAAGGCAUUAGAUAAGAGCUCUUUUAACAACGAAGUGGCAAUGCAGCAGGAAGUUGAGAACUUAAAUAAGAAUACUGACGAAUCGGAGAAAGCCGUAAGCUCUAGUAAUAAGAAGGGAUCACACGGAGGUGCAAAUGGCGAAUCCUCAAAUGCGAAUGGGAAUAGUGUAAAGGCGGUGAAGCAUGAUAAUAAGGGUGACGGAUCCGUUGAAGAACAAGCCAAAUGGACAAGGCAAGGCACUACAUAA